GUGAGAGAGGAGGCAGAGCACUUGCUAUCUGAGCGUGUCCCAGAGCGGACAGAGAACUUGUACUGAGAAGACCCAAAGUAAAAGAGGAACAGCCACCCAAGGAAGGACAUAUCUGCUUCUGGGAGGUGUAUGGGACACAGGAUUACAGAAAAGGGAAGGCGGGCUGUCCAGGAGGGAGAGUAAUUUACAGGGGCUGAUAAGUAGGGUCCAGUUUGUCUCUCUCUCUCUCUCUCUCUCUCUCUCUCUCCCCAUCUCUCUCCAUCAGCUCGCUCUCAACAUGGAGCCCAACAGCCCCAAGAAAAUUCAGUUUGCCGUUCCACUUUUCCAGAGUCAGUUGGAUCCCCAGGCGGCUGAGCAUAUUCGGAAGCGCAGACCAACUCCAGCCACACUGGUCAUCUACAACGAGCCCAGUGCAUCAGGCAAUGACAAGCAGACUACAGGCAGUCAAAUGGAGGCCCAGCUUUCUCCCGCCCAAAGGAAACAGAGCGUAUACACACCACCUACAAUGAGGGAGUUGCAGCUGGUGGUGGAGCAGCACUAUCAGAGGCAGGAGCAGCAGGAGGCGGGGCUCUCUGACAGCCCAGACACGCCCAGUCCAAUCACAGCACAGCAUUUUGACAACCAAGCUCAGUCGGCCAAUCAUAACAGCUCAGAGCCCAAUGGCAAUGAGUCUUAUGUCAGUUCUGAGGGGCAGCCAGGCAGCAGUGGGGAUGGGGGAAACACACCAGACACUUCAGGAAGUGAGCAGAAAAACUUGAGCAGUCCUUCAUCUGUCUCUCGAUAGCCGAAAUAACGUACCUGGCACACUGUAGACCCUUUCCAAACAUUACUGUACCCUCCAAUCUUUGGACUUGCUCUUCCUCUACAUACAUGCAUUGUACUUUCUCAACUCUUUCUGUGUUCACUUCCACAUCAAUAGCUUAAUUUAUAUGAAAUGAAAUGCUUGUUUUUCACUUUCAAUUCUGUACCAAUAAUGACCUGUCCUGUUCAUUUUUCUAUUUGAUUAAAUGGCAUUUGAAAUAUUUCAAAUGUAUAUCUGUGGCAUCAGAAAAACAGGCAGCAUAUUUUUGGCACUUUUAAGAUAAGUUGUAAUAAUUUCUUUAUGGUUUUAAGUUCACUUGUGAAGUAGAGACAAAGUAAUAAACAUUUGUUUGGAGCUUGAAAUAAAAAAAAAAAGAAGAAAUGAUAAAAAUAACUUUGAGUGAGUAAUAUUUAUCUAAUGUUACUGUUCUUUUGGUCCUACGCUGCCGCCUUCAAAAUAUUUGAUCUUACUCAUGAAUAAUUGGUUGAAUAUGUUAUACGUCUAAACAUGCAUUGCAUGUAAUAUGGCUUAAAGAUUAAGUGGGUACUAGUCACUUUCACUAGCUUUGCUUCACUGAUGCUCAGUUCCAGAAACAUUUUUUGACUGCGCCAAACACUUCAACGUUGGCUCAACAAAUGGCAUGAGUUUGGGGCGAGACAAGCUGUUUAUCCAAACAUGUUCGAAAACAGUAGUUAUUUCUGCAAUUCUGUUAGCAUUUUCUAACUAUCUGAUUGUACAUCCAGUAUUCUUCCCCAUGAUCAUAUAGGAUGAAAUUCAACCUUUGAAUGAAUUUGAGCUACCUUAUUCUCUUUAAAUAUUCAUCUGGGUCUUAAGUGGUAAGUUUUGUCCUUUAGUGGCUGAGACAGUGCCUGGUGCAUGCUGAAACUCAUAGUUUGUUC